AGUAUAAGUUUGCUUAUAAUUAUAUCAAUUUUUAUAAGAAAAUAUUAUCAGAUAUAAGUACUCUGCUAUAUUAAAAAUAAGCAAUUAUUAUUGUGAUUUGUUUAAUAAUAACUUAACUAUAAAAAAAUUAACAAAUGGCUGAAAAACAACAAGAAAUUGAUAAAUUAACUAAUAGUUUGACCAAACAAUUGAAAAUUGAAACUAAACAGCAAAUAACAUUAUUAUUAUUGGGGGAGUCAGGUGUCGGCAAAUCAACAUUUAUCAAUGCAUUUGUCAAUUACCUGUUUUUCGACAAAAUGAGUGAUGCCGUUAACCGAGCGUUUUGUUUAAUACCGGCAAAGUUUACGUUAACGGAUCCAAAAACCAAAAAACGUAAACUUAUGACAUUUGGUGUCCCAACUAAUACGGAAAAUACUGAAAAAACUACCGAAUCGGCCACACAAUACCCGCGCUGUUAUACAUUUGAUUUGGGCGAUCAUCAGCUCAACAUUAUCGAUACGCCCGGUAUUGCUGACACUAAAGGCUUGGAUAAAGACAACCAAAAUAUGCAAAAUAUACUUAAUUUUAUAUCGCAUUAUAGUGUUAUUAACGGUAUUUGUGUGCUAUUAAAGCCAAAUGAGGCCAGAGUUGGGGUUAUAUUCAAGUAUUGUAUACUUGAAUUGUUGUGUCAUUUGAGCAAAUCUGCGGCAAAUAAUAUAAUGUUUGUAUUUACUAAUGCCCGGGGUACUUUUUAUGAACCGGGAGAUACAGCUGCAGCACUGGAGGACGUACUGACACAAGUGAGACAGAGACCACCUAAUGUUGAGAUCAGAUUUGAUGAAAACAAUACAUUUUGUUUUGACAACGAGUCGUUUCGCUAUUUAGUAGCAGUCAGUGAACCAAAUAAUAUGGUUUUUAAUAAAAAUGUUGAAACCGAUUAUGAAACAAGUUGGUCCAGAUCUGUUGAUGAAUGUCAGCGAAUGAUGACUUAUAUAUGCAAAAUAAAACCACACAAUGUUAUGGACACCCUAUCUAUCAAUGACGCCAAACGAACCAUUAAAUUGUUGACACAACCGAUGGCUGAUAUCAGUAAAAACAUUGCCGACAAUCUUAAAGAAUGUCAACUAAGAACUCAAAGAAUAUUGCAUUUUGAGGGCAAUAUUAAAGACCUGAUGAAUGAACUCUAUAUACCGGUCAUAGAUAUAGCGUCGACACCAUUGACUGAUCCGCGGACUGUCUGUUCCGAUAAUAAUUGUUGUGAAUCAGAAAAUAUUGACGGAAAUGUCGUCAAACAUUAUAAGACAGUUUGCCAUUGGAAGUGCUAUUUAAAAUAUGAUGAUGGAAAUGUUAUCGGCAAUAGAGGACUACUUGAUUGUCAGGCAUUCAAUGAAUAUAAGCAAACCGGUCCUGAUAGACAGGUUCGACCCGAAGAUGCAAAUCUACAUCCCGACAAUUCAUGUGUUGCCGAUCCCGUAACGGGUCUUAUAACUGUUCAUUACGCCGAACGUAUAAAACAUGAUUACUGCCAAACAUGUGGACACAGUUAUAUGGUGCACCUACACGUCAAUUAUGAGACCAGAAAAAUUAAGACAAAGCGUAGAGAUGAAGCUAAAUAUGCAUUGAUUACCAGCGAUGAAGAGGCCAGAGAUGCACAAAGAGAUAAAGUUAAUGAACUGAUGGACAGACAGAAGCUAUUGGCCGAAGAGAGCAAAAUUAUCAAUGAAUGUAUGGCUAUGUUUGCCGUAUUUCUCAAACACAACGCAUUGACCCCUUUUAACGACGCUUUUAUGGAUUAUGUCGAACAUCUGAUCAGAGAUGAAGAACAAAACAAUAGACUGGUUUCGGGAGUUAAACAACAAUCAGUAAAACAAUUGAAGGAUAUGUUAGAACAAUACAAACACGAAAGAGACAGUAUAUUAGACGCAAUGAAAAAAGGAGAUAAUUAUAAAACAGUUACUCUCGAGGAUAUCGAUAAUUGUGUCAACAGAUUAAACAAAUUGCCCAUAAAUGGCAAAAAGAUACAGGAGUUGAUGCAAAUGCAAUUGACAAUCAGCAAUAAAAUACAUCACCAUGCUGAUCAACAUGUUAUCAAAGUUAACAAUGACAAUUCAAUUGUCAAAUAUACUAAAAAUAUUUUUAAGAAAAUCGCAAAAAAUAUUUUUUAAAAUUACACAAAUUAUG